ACACAUUCACUCACUCAUACUUACUCAUACCAUAACUCAUAUUUCAUACAGUAAGUAUCCCAAGAUUUUUAUUUUCUACACAGCACAAGUUUAGGUUAUUUAAAGAUAGUCUUGUAUUUUGUUUCAUUAUAAUGAUGUAUGAUUUGUAUUUUUGCUGUAGGAACAGCAGGUCACAUAGUGUUAUGCUAGAUACCCUGGAUUGGUUACACAUAUCAGUCGCGACAUAGCUGAAAUUUUGUCUAUUACAUGAUAAUUGUAAGAUAAUUGUAUUGGAAAGACAAAGUGUUUUAUGGAAACCUUCACAACUCUUGCAGUUAAGGAAUUUAUAUUUUUAUACAAUGGUUAUUCCAAUCAUCCUUUUCUUUUGUAUGGUUUACAGAAUAACAAUGCCUGGUGGAGGGCUGAAGAAGUCGUGCCCUGCAUGCCUACAAAAAAUUUUUAAUGGAUGCAAGGUCUGCCCCUUGUGCAAGGCAGCACAGCCGCAACAUAUAAGGCUGAAAAAAAAAAUGGACAAAUUCAAGAUGGAGAAGGAGUCUUGGGUGUGUAAGACAAAGAAAAAUCAAUUAACGUCUCAUUUAUUGGAUGAUGCCGUUAUUUUGAUUGAGAAGCUGAAUGCAGUGGGCUGGAGGCCCAUGCUUUUUCUUGAGUACCCGAACCAAAGAGUCAAGACGCUGCUGCCGGAGGGGCUCAAAUUGAGUGCAGGGGAGAAAAUAUGCGUUGACAACAUGAAUACUAUCUACAGCAUGAUAGUUAAAGGAAAUACAGUGCCGGCAGACCCUUCAACUGAAAGUCUGCAACUUCCAGAACAGGAGACUGUUGUUGUCUUACAUUUGGAGACUAUUCCAGACCCUCCACCUCAACAAGUUGAAGCUCUUCUGCCAACCAGCCCUGCCACCGACACCAAUGAGGGGGGACAGAUUGAGACAGUUGAAGCUCUUCUGCCAACCAGCCCUGCCACCGACACCAAUGAGGGGGGACAGAUUGAGACAGUUGAAGCUCUGCCAACCAGCCCUGCCACCGACACCAAUGAGGGGGGACAGAUUGAGACAGUUGAAGCUCUUCUGCCAACCAGCCCUGCCACCGACACCAAUGAGGGGGGACAGAUUGAGACAGUUGAAGCUCUUCUGCCAACCAGCCCUGCCACCGACACCAAUGAGGGGGGACAGAUUGAGACAGUUGAAGCUCUGCCAACCAGCCCUGCCACCGACACCAACAGGGGGGGGGAUGACAAACCAACGAAAAGACGUCAAAGGACAAAAGUUUCUAAAAAAGAAAUGGAUUGUCCCCACAACAUCCAAGAGGUGCACGCAUAUAAAUGCGUAAUUAAAACAAGAAAGAGAAAGGGGAAGACGGAGAAACUGAUUGAUUGGCUCCCCUGCAAACUGUGGUGUGUUGGUUGUCUUUCACACUAGAUACAAUUAUCCACAAAAUUACGGUUUUCCAGCAGACAUACACAUAACUUACAACAAUCACAUACUGUAGACUAGGCUACAUGUACACACAUACAUUAUCUCAUAGAAGUGAGUGCACCCGUCACAUUUUUGUACAUUUUUUAAUUUAUCUUUUCUUUGGACACUUCGGGGUAUACUCACUUUUGUUGCCAGCCGUUCAGACUUAAAUGGCUUUGUAUUGUCAUUUUGAGUUAUACAAGUUAUACAAGCUGUACACUGACUACUUUACAUUGUAGCAAAGUGUAAUUUAUUCAGGGUUGUCCCAUGAGAAGAGAAAUUAAAAUAUUGACUAAACUGCGGGUUGUACUCACUUCUGUGAGAUACUGUAGAGCACAACUCAGUCUAUAUAUUGUAACACACCUUUAUAUGUGCUUCCUUAUUGGAUGUGCAGUAUGUGUUUGGAAAUUGGUGGAAGAGUGUUGU